AUGUUAUGCUAUACUGCAGAAAUCUCAACAGAAAAACCAGACAAAUUAGAAAAACCGGAAAAGCGCCCUGUAACCGUCAUCAUCCCCACGGCCGUGAAACGACUGGAUACCGUGACACUCCAGUGCAACUACAAUCUUUCCGGUGAACCUAUUUAUACUGUAAAGUGGUAUAAAGGAUCCAAGGAAUUCUACAGAUACAUUCCCAAGGAACUACCUAACGUGCAAGUGUUUGCUUUGCCAGGAAUAACUGUUGACAUUGGGUACCUACCUAGGAGCAGAAGAAUUCUUGUUUCUGCCUCACAAAAUGUAUUUUCCAAUAAAGACAAAACAAAUUAUAAAAGCAAUGAUAGUUUAGAUAAGUUACCUAGUAGAAAUGAAGCUGAAAAUAACAUUUUAAGUAGCAAUAAUAUUUCUGAUUUAGUGGUGGUCAACGACCAAGGCAUUGAAAAUCUUUGCAGUCAGGUUCUAGAUCAACUGGAUACCUUGAAGAAGAAACUAAUGAAACAUUAUUUAAGCGAUAAUGAAAGCAUUGAAACUGAUACUCAUGCUGUAGCAGAUAUAAAAGAAAAUGAUGAAAUGUCGAGCGCUUCAAAAAGAAAAAGAAAAGCACGAGAAUGUGAUUGGCCAAGAAACAAAAUUAAGAAUUUAGGGUGUGCGGUAAAGAGUAUAAAGGAUACAAAAGAGGAACAGAAGAGUACGCAUAAAAACUUAGUGCUUAAAAAUGUUCAACCCGAAGUUACAGGAAGAUAUAAAUGUGAAGUGUCCUCUGAUGCACCAAAUUUUUAUACAUAUAUGCAGUCUGGAUACAUGUACGUUAUAGAUGUUCCAGUUGAAGAUCCAAUUCUCAGAAUGGAUAAAGAAAUACUGGAUACUGGUUACAGAUUAAAAGGAAACUGUUCAGCACCUCCGUCAUGGCCUCCUGCGAAUAUCACUUGGUUGCUUAAUGGAAAACCGGUUGUCUUCCCAGAUUUCAACCAAAGGAACAGAAGAACUGACAGGUUCCCAAGUAACUGCCAGGACCAAGGAAGAACUGACCGCAAAGCUGACCGGUCUUCAGGUAGCGACCAAGAUUUCACUAAGGAGACUUCGGAUUUCCCUAGUUCAGAAUGA